UCUCACACACAAUGGCUUACUGCAAGCUCUACUCCGUGGUGCUUGCCGUCGCCUUACUCCUCGCCGCCGGGCCGGCGUUGCGGCCGGUGGAGGCAGCGUCGGCGCACCUGCACUUCUACAUGCACGACGUGACGGGCGGCCCGUCGCCAACAGCGGUGCGAGUGGUGAACGGCCCACGCGGCUACUUCGGCAACACGGUGGUGAUCGACGACAAGCUGACGGAGGGCACGUCAUCGUCGUCGACGACGGUAGGGCACGCGCAGGGAUACUACAUGGUAGCCUCAGUGGCGAACCUGGAGCUGCUGGUGAAUAUGAACGUGGUGCUCACGUCGGGGCCGUACGCCGGCAGCUCGAUCACGGUGGUGGGGCGCGACGACAUCAACGCGGCGGUGCGGGAGCUCUCGGUGGUUGGUGGCACCGGGCAGUUCAGGAUGGCACGCGGCUACGUGCUGUGGAAGACCGUCACCCCCGAGAUUCUCGACCUCGAAAUCUUCGUCAACCCCUGAGCCAGCAGCUCGUGCACACACAUGCGUCUCCAACCAUUACAAGAGAACAUACUUCUGCAACAAAUUUUUUUCAUUUAGUCCAAAAUUGUUGCAUUAGACACCUAUUGCGACAAAGUUAUAUUCGUUCUGACGAUGCUGCAAUAAACAGCACAGCAUGGUAAUAACUUGCUACAAUGUUUUCAA